AUUUUUGCUCUUUUACAACACCAGCAAACAGUGCCACUGUAAUAGCUGAUAACUGCCGUCUGACAUUUCUGUCAAACACGUUUGAAGCAUUUUCGGGUAACAAUUAUUUAGGGUUAGAAUGAAUGUUAUUAUGUUUUAUUUACAAUUAUGACAAUGGAAAGAAGAAUAAAGCUAAAAACUUUAAACAGUCACAUUACAUGUAAAAUAUGUAGAGGUUAUUUGAUAGAUGCAACAACCGUAACAGAGUGUUUACAUACAUUUUGUAAAAGCUGUCUUGUCAAACAUCUAGAAGAGAACAAUACAUGUCCAACAUGCAAUAUAGUUAUUCAUCAGUCACAUCCAUUACAGUACAUAAGCUUUGACCGUACAAUGCAGGAUAUAGUAUAUAAGUUAGUUCCUGAUCUUCAAAAAAAUGAAAUUAAUAGAGAACGAGAAUUUUAUAGACUACGUGGACUACAAUGCCCCAAAGAUAUACCACCAAAUCCUGGUGAAUUAGAUGAAGACAAGAAUACAAGUGAAGCUCAUGCAGAGUCUGACUAUCAUAGACAAGAUGAGCAAGUAAAUGUUUGCUUAGAAUGUGUUAGUUCAAAUCUUAAAACACUUAAAAGACGCUUUAUACGCUGUUCUGCCCAAGCAACUAUUCUUCACCUGAAAAAGUUUGUAGCCAAGAAAGUGCUUAAUGGAAUGGAAAAAUAUCGUGACAUUGAUAUACUGUGCAAUGAUGAACUAUUAGGUAAAGAUCAUACCUUAAAAUUUGUGUACGUAACAAGAUGGAGGUUUCAAAACCCACCCCUUAUUUUGCAAUAUCGUCCUCGAAUAGAUAUUUAAUAGUUAAUUUAUAUUUUUUUAAAUAUUGCUGCAAGAUGACC